CCCGCCCGUCACACGUUCCACGCCAAUCUCAGCACGUUCAAUCAUCAGAAAAGAGCAUGCGGGGAAUAUAUACAGUCUCACGCGAAGAUGCCCCUUGGCUUCCUCCGUUCAUCUGCGGAGCGUGCUUUGAUCCUGAAGGAGCAGUCGUACUCGAGUCUGCUUCGCUAUGAUCCCUGCGUCUCUGCUUCUCCUCGUUUGCUCGGUCUUCAUAUUCAACGGCGCUAGCGCGUCCAUCGUCCUGGCUGGGCGCGCGCAGUUUGCCCGUGUGGCGGAUGUCUGCGCAAGGGAGGCCGGGGCGGUCUGUGGACAGGAUAGUGCAAGCUCCCUCGCAGCUCGCGAUGGGCCAGUCGUGUCAAGCCGGUCUACUCUGGCGUCCGUCGUCCACUACCCGCCCAAUUCCACAUAUAUCAACGACCUGGACUUCGCGCUGAACGGCUCGGGCGCGCCGGGCGUGUACAACUCGUCGCAGUCGCCCGAGUAUGGGGUGUACAACUGGUGCAACAUGCCGCAUGUGCGGGCGGGGGAGUAUGUGACACCUCCCGAGGAUUACAAGCUCAAAUACGUCGAGGUCAUCCAUCGGCACCACAAGCGCACGCCCUAUGCUUCGAACACGUUCUUCAAGGAGGACGUCGAAUGGCAGUGCGAGGGCGAGGGCGUUGUGCACUAUGUCAAGAGCCCCAGUGGUCCUGGCGCGGACCCUGCGGUCAUCCAGUGGAACGCCUUUACGGACGAUCAGAAUCCCUGGACUUCGUCGGUUGGUCCGGGUUUUGUGGGGACAAAUUGUCAAUUGCCCCAAAUCACCGCCGAGGGUCUGCAAGACUCGUACCAGCAUGGCGUCGACCUCCGCUCCGUGUACGCAGACAUCUUCGGCUGGAACGACACGCUCGACACCGAGACGGUGAAGAUUCGCGUGACGAACAACGUCAUUACCUCCCAAGUCGCCGGCGGCGUCCUCCGCGGGCUCUUCCCCGGCGUGUCCGAUGUGCAGGUACACGUCCAGCCCGAGGGCAUCGACAGCCUCGAGCCGCAGUAUCCGUGCCCCGCGGCGGACGCGGUGCGCGCUGCGUACACGACGGGCGACAGUGGCGCAGAAUGGCAACAUCAUCUCAAUACGACGGCGCCGCUGUUCGCAACGCUGGAUGCGGUGUCGGGGAUCGAGGAGGAGGACGAUGCGGGAUGGCAUACGUGGUUUGAUCACUACUACGACAACCUGAGCGCGAAGCAGUGCCACGGGAAGGCGCUUCCGUGCAGCGUGAACGACACGUCGCUGUGUGUGACGCAGGAGGAGGCAGACACGGUCUACCGCCUAGGCAAUUGGGAAUACUCGUACAUCUACCGCGACGCGGCGAACUCGACACUGUACUCGGCCCUGAAAUACGGGGCGUGGGUGCUGGAGCUGAGGGCUCAUCUGGAGAAUGCGAUCACGGGAGAGUCGACGGUGAAGUACUACCAUAAUGUCGCGCACGACGGCUCCAUCUCCGCGCUGCUUGGAUUCCUGCAGGUUUCGAAGAUGGUUUGGCCGGGGAUGGGAUCCGAGAUCGUCUUCGAGCUAUACGACAAGGCCGGGGAGCACUUCAUCCGUGUUCUGUUCGGCGGUCAGCCGCUCGAGACGUCGACGCCGCUUGGCACACUGAACUUGAUUCCUGUGGAUAAGUUUAUCGAUUACAUAGACUCGAUGCUGGGGUCGGGGUCAGAGCUUUAUGCUGCUUGCCAAGGCUAGAGGCCUAGGGUCCUCACGGUGAGGGCUUGAUAUGUGGACCUGCAUAGCCUAUGGCCCACCACGGCGUACGUGUGUGAACAAUUCUCGUAUAUACAACUGUUCGCUCUCUGUAUCUUGAUUCUGAGGUAGCACCCACGAGUGUAAGAGUUCGAUGGAUGAACCGGGCCGGUCGGACCACACGAAUAUUCUUCCUUCCCCC